AGACCACAAGGUUGACAAAUUCGAAGUCAUUGUUUCUUUGAGAAAGGGAGAAAAAGAAGAAAAAAGGAAGAUCUCUCUCUCAUUCUUAUCUGGGAUUGUGGGGAUCUUUCUAUCUUACUAGCCCUAGCAGAUUUGAGCUUCUGUCUAGUAUAUAUAAUAAUUCAUUAUUCUUUUUUCUAUUGAUUGUGAUUUAAGAUUUUUCAAUGACAUUACAAAGGCACCUACCUCCUUUUGUAUUUUGCUUCAACUGGGAAUUUUUGAUAUAGUUGCAGUUGAGUUUCAAGGGUUUUCUUUGAAUUUGAGCUCAAGUUUUGUUAUGGGGUGCUGGCGGAUGCUGCCAUAUAUAAGCUGGAAUCACAGGCUUCUGUUUGGAAGAUCUUAAAGAAAACUGGAGUUCAGAUUAUCAAUAAUGCAGGAAUGCUGGUCUACUGGAAUUUCAAUACAUUGGCUGGCCUAUUUCGCCCUACUGUAACAUAAAUUAUGGCAGGCUCUAAUGGAUCAGCUCACUUAAAGACACUCAGCAUGCAAAACACAUUUGGAACAUUGGCUGUGACUCUUACAACUACUGUACAAUAGAUUGGACUUGAAGACACUCAGCAUGCAAGACCCAUUGGUACAUUGGAUAUGACUCUUACAACUACUGUACAAUAGACCGGCUCACUUAAAGACACUCAGCAUAAUAUCUGGCUCGGAACACUUGCAACUAGGGAGAAGCUCUCGACGGACAGUUGUUUCAGGUGUUUGCAGAAAUGGGAACUGAAUUUCUGUAUAAGAUGCAUAUACCGGGUUAUCAUUCUACAAGGGAUCUGGAUGACAGUAGUGGGGAUGUUAGAUGGCCUUCACAUCAUGAAAACAAGGCCUUUGGGCAGUACCAUGACAUGCUUGCUGCAAAGCCAGAAAUAGAUAGAUACUCUGGAUAUGACAAGGAACACUUGAGGCAAACCAUACUGAGGCAUGAAAACACAUUCAAACAUCAGGUCCAUGAACUGCACCGGCUUCACAAAAUACAAAUGGACAUAAUGAAUGAAGUCCGGAGCAAACAAUCAGUCAUAUGCCUUGAUCAUGUGGGAACAUUGCAAUCAAAUCCUUUUGCCUUUCCACAUGAAGGAGACCGAAGGAGGUGUCACAAUCCCAGUUUAGGGGCUAUGAAUUGUCAUAUACCAUCUGCCUCAGGUGCUGAUAGUGUCCAAUCACAUUUUGGUUCCAUUAAUGUGCAGAACAUGCAAUCCGGAUGUGGCUCAACACACGAUGGUUCCAGGCUUAAGGAUGAAUACAAGCACAAGAAGCUUCAGAGGAGAUUAUUUGACCUUGAACUGCCUGGUGACAAAUACAUAAAUGAUGAAGAUGACGCACGCGGGGCAUUUGUAGGGUCAGGGGUGGAAACUCACCCUCCAAAUUGGAAUUGUAACGUUACUUAUGAGAAAAAUUGCAAUAUGUCCACCCCAAGUAGUGUGUACUCUGGCUGCAAUGGUGAUGCUUUUAGUUCCAUUACACACUUAAGGAGGACCCCAGGUUUUACAGAUUUGAAUGAACCUUUCAAGGUUGAGGAAGCACAUGGUACAAUUUCUUUUGAUACUCUAGGCAAGGCUACCUAUUCUAAAGAGGAGAUACAGGGGCGGGAUUUAUCUGCAAAUUCAUCCCCAGGCUUCCAAUGUUUGGCCAAGGAAGUUUCUCAAAGACAUAAAGAAAAGGAUGAGGGAAUCAGCCAAUGUAAUCAGCAUUUAGAUAAAGAAUGGGGAAAUAAAGGCCGACCACCUCUUAACUUCAACCCUGGCCAUAUAAGCACCAGAACUUUCAAUAGAACUUUUUAUGGAGAAUAUUUGCCUACACAAAGUGAAUCAUUGCAUGUUGGCUGCACGAAAGCCCAUGAGCCUGAUCAGAAUAAACCAGAACAAUUGAGAAAGAAGACAAUUUUUGGUGUAGAAAUCUCUGAUAGAAAUCAUGAUGCAUCUGUUAUGUUUUCAGAUACACUUCUGCAGCCACCUGCUCCUCCAUCUAAUGUAGUCAAUUCCGAGUCAUCCUCCAUUUCAUCUUGGAAGAAGCCUCCAGCUAGCUCAAGACGGAAUGCAAUAUAUGUUCAGGGAAACCCUUGCUUUAAUACCUUUCCUGAAUCAAAUAAGAGUUCAGCAACAUUGAUUCAUUGCCGUGAAGUUUCUACAGAUUGGUCGAUUGUUAAUGAAAAAGUGGAUUUUGUUCCAGGUCCUGGAGUUGAAUUAUCCUAUAAAAAUGACCUCUGCUUUGUUUCUCAGUUGCAGUCCAAGGAAAAACGAGUUUACCAUGCAUCAGCUGGUCACUCAAAUGGUCACAGUGCUAGUUAUUCAGCUUCUGAACUAGCUCCUCAGCAUAGGCCUCCAAAUAACCCAAGGGGUUCAGGCUGGCUGGAUAAUAUAAAAUCUGCAGAGGAAGUAAACCUCAAUGCAGUACUUCCAAAAGGUUGCCCAAAUGAAGCAAUUUCUGAUUCAAAUCUUAUUUCCAUUGGUAUUCAAAGGAAGGAAGAAAUUCCACUAGGAGGGUUAUCUUGGCUGAGAGCUAUUUCACCUUGUGAAGGAAAUUCUUCUGUUGAAAUGCCCGACUCUCAAAAGGUGAAUUUGGAUUCCUUGCAAAGAAAAUAUGCUGAGCUUUUUGCUUGCGAUUCUGGAACAAUGAAGGGCCUCAAUCAAAACUUUAUCCAGGAUUCAUCAUCAGCAACAACUGCGCAUGAUGCCAAAGACAGAAGAAUAGGAGGUGACUGUUCAAGCAAUAGGAAGAUUCUUGGUGUUCCCAUUUUUGAAAAGCACAUGUCCAAGGAUCAGCCUUCUGCCAGCUCUGGCCUGAAGCCUAGUUGUUGUGUUUCAGAGACUAAUGAUGCUAGCUUUAUCAAAGGUGGGUUACUUCGUACUGAUCUGAAUCAGGAUCCUAUGGAAUCGGAAUCCGUGGAGACCCAAAACACAAAGAUUUUAAAUGCGGAAAGGCAUUCAGUUGAUUGUAGAGCUGGCUUAAGACACCCAAUUGAUUUGAAUGUGAGUGUGACUGAAGAAGAGGCUCAAGUGAGUAUUUGUUCUCCAAGAACCAAGGAUGAGAUUGCAAUUGAGAUAGAUUUGGAGGCGCCAGUUGUCCUUGAAAAUGAAAUAGACAUUAUAUCUGGUGGUGAAUUUCUAGAGAGUAAAUUUAAAGAACCAUUUCAGUCAAUAACUGAUGAAUCCAAGGACUUUCGUGGAGGCUUUUUGAUGGCUGCAGCUGAGGCUUUAGUUUCUAUCUCAUCUUCUGGUGCGUGCAAGUUUCAAGACGAUGCUCCAUGCCAUGACUCACUACAGUGGUUCACAGAGAUAGUUUCUUCGUAUGAAGGUUACAUUGAGAAUGAUGUAGGAUCCAUUUCAGUGCACGAGAAUAUUACUGAUUGUGAAGAUCCAAAAUCAGAUGUGGUUGAUUUUUUUGAGUAUAUGACCUUAAAUUUAACUGAAACUGUGGUAGAAGAGCAUAAUUUUGAGCCAAUGGUUUUGGAAAGCAUAAAAGAUGAAACAUCAUUGCCAAGACGUCCUCGGAGAGGUCAGGCCAGGAGAGGAAAGCAUCGGAAGGACUUUCGAAGAGAUGUACUUCCUGGUCUUGUCUGUUUGUCUAGGAAUGAUGUGACUGAGGAUCUUCAGAUGAUUGAAGGGCUAAUCACAGCAACCGGUGGCACUUGGCGGUCAGGUUUGUCACAGAGAAAUUCUCCUAAAAGAAAGGCAGGAAGGGGGAGAAAGCGUGCAGCCCCAGCUGCUGCCUCUCCAAUAGUAACAGCAGUGAGUCUACCGCAAACUCAGCAACCUGAUUGUGGAGAACUGGGACUUGAGGUAACAGGAUGGGGAAAGAGGACAAGGCGUCCUCCACGACAGAGAUAUCCCAUUAAUAACACUUAACCACAACAAACUAGAGAGCAAGUCAUUUAGAUUUCAGAAAGGAAUUGUCAUGCAGCCUGUCAAAUUUUCAUGCCAGGGAGAUUCAUAUUGCGUGCAUGCCUUAUUUUCUGAGUCCUUGAUUUGGUAUGCUUCACUCUUCAGUUUAUUGGUGAGCUUGUUUUACUGAUGAUAAAAUAAGUGAUACUGGUCUCUACUGACAUAAAAUGAACGUGUUACUUGUUAGUGUGUAAUGUUACUAGACAUGGUUAGCCUUUGAGUUCUCAAAUUCAGAGAGUGAAAAUGUGUUCUUUUGUCUUGCA